ACGCAGGUCGCGGGCGCGCGGGGCACGCCAGGCCGCUGCGCCUGUCCCUUUGGCGUCGUGGUCUCGCGAGAGUUGCGAGUAAACAUCCCCGAAUGGAGAGUCAAGGCGUGUUCGCGGCGGAGGCGCCGUUCCCCCGGGCCCGCCGGCCUCGAGCCUGAGGCGGACGCAGAUCGGCUCACGGAGUGGUUGCUUGGGCGUCCCCGCUAGAUUUGGGUCUGUGUGCAAAUGGAGUUUAGGACUCAGUCGACUCUGCCCUAAUGAGAGAAGCCCCUGUCCAAGAUGGAGAAGAAGCGGAGAAAGAAAUGAAAGCCUCUUUUUGGGCCAAGCUGUGGGUGACCAUGGGACUGAGGUUUUCUUUACGUUGGACAAGUCUGUAGGAUGGCUCAUCAGUAAGGUUGCAGCUUUUAGCCAAAACAGAAAUUCACUUCUGAUCAAGGAAGAACCUAGUGCGAUUUGAAUUUAUGCAAUUUUAUAACCAUAUUCACUUAGGACCAUGAAGCUCAUCAACAUCUGGCUUCUUCUGCUGGUGGUUUUGCUCUGUGGGAAGAAGCAUCUGGGUGACAGGCUGGGGAAGAAAGCUUUUGAAAAGGCCCCAUGCCCCAGCUGUUCCCACCUGACUUUGAAGGUGGAAUUCUCCUCAACUGUGGUGGAAUAUGAAUAUAUUGUGGCUUUCAACGGGUACUUCACAGCCAAAGCUAGAAACUCAUUUAUUUCAAGUGCUCUGAAAAGCAGUGAAGUGGACAACUGGAGAAUUAUACCUCGGAACAACCCAUCCAGUGACUACCCUAGUGAUUUUGAGGUGAUUCAGAUCAAAGAGAAGCAGAAGGCCGGGCUGCUCACACUUGAGGAUCAUCCAAACAUCAAGCGGGUGACACCUCAGCGGAAAGUCUUUCGUUCCCUGAAGUUUGCUGAGUCUGACCCCAUUGUGCCAUGUAAUGAAACCCGGUGGAGUCAGAAGUGGCAGUCAUCACGACCACUGAGAAGAGCCAGCCUCUCCCUGGGCUCUGGAUUCUGGCAUGCCACAGGAAGACAUUCAAGUCGGCGAUUGCUGAGAGCCAUUCCUCGCCAGGUUGCCCAGACAUUGCAGGCAGAUGUGCUGUGGCAGAUGGGAUACACAGGUGCUAAUGUCAGGGUUGCUGUUUUUGAUACUGGGCUCAGUGAGAAGCAUCCACACUUCAAGAAUGUGAAGGAGAGAACCAACUGGACCAAUGAGCGGACCCUGGAUGAUGGGCUGGGCCAUGGCACAUUUGUCGCCGGUGUGAUUGCCAGCAUGAGGGAGUGCCAGGGAUUUGCCCCAGAUGCAGAGCUGCACAUCUUCAGGGUCUUUACCAACAAUCAGGUGUCUUACACAUCUUGGUUUUUGGACGCCUUCAACUAUGCCAUCCUAAAGAAGAUUGACGUUCUAAACCUUAGCAUCGGCGGGCCUGACUUCAUGGAUCAUCCCUUUGUUGACAAGGUGUGGGAAUUAACAGCUAACAAUGUAAUCAUGGUUUCUGCUAUCGGCAAUGAUGGACCUCUUUAUGGCACUCUGAAUAACCCUGCUGAUCAGAUGGAUGUGAUUGGAGUGGGUGGCAUUGACUUUGAAGAUAACAUCGCCCGCUUUUCUUCCAGGGGAAUGACUACCUGGGAACUUCCAGGAGGCUAUGGUCGUGUGAAACCUGACAUUGUCACCUAUGGUGCCGGAGUGCGGGGUUCCGGUGUGAAAGGGGGCUGCCGGGCACUCUCGGGGACCAGUGUCGCUUCUCCAGUGGUUGCUGGGGCUGUCACCUUGUUAGUAAGCACAGUGCAGAAGCGGGAGCUGGUAAAUCCUGCCAGUGUGAAACAAGCCCUGAUUGCAUCAGCCCGGAGGCUUCCUGGGGUCAACAUGUUUGAGCAAGGCCAUGGCAAGCUGGAUCUGCUGCGAGCCUAUCAGAUCCUCAGCAGCUAUAAACCACAGGCGAGCUUGAGUCCUAGCUACAUCGACCUGACUGAGUGUCCCUACAUGUGGCCCUACUGCUCCCAGCCCAUCUACUAUGGAGGAAUGCCAACAAUCGUUAAUGUCACCAUCCUCAAUGGCAUGGGAGUCACAGGAAGAAUUGUGGAUAAGCCUGAGUGGCGGCCCUAUUUACCACAGAAUGGAGACAACAUUGAAGUAGCCUUCUCCUACUCCUCGGUGUUAUGGCCUUGGUCAGGCUACCUGGCCAUCUCCAUUUCUGUGACCAAGAAGGCAGCUUCCUGGGAAGGCAUCGCGCAGGGCCACAUCAUGAUCACGGUGGCUUCCCCAGCAGAGAUGGAAGUAAGGUCAAAAAAUGGUGCUGAGCAUACUUCCACAGUGAAGCUUCCCAUUAAGGUGAAGAUCAUUCCCACCCCUCCUCGGAGCAAGAGAGUCCUCUGGGACCAGUAUCACAACCUCCGCUACCCUCCAGGCUACUUCCCCAGGGACAACUUGCGGAUGAAGAAUGAUCCUUUAGACUGGAAUGGCGACCAUGUCCAUACCAACUUCAGGGACAUGUACCAGCAUCUGCGCAGCAUGGGCUACUUCGUGGAGGUGCUUGGUGCCCCAUUUACAUGCUUUGACGCCACACAGUAUGGCACCUUGCUUAUGGUAGACAGUGAAGAAGAGUACUUCCCUGAGGAGAUCACCAAGCUGAGGAGGGACGUGGACAAUGGCCUUUCCCUUGUCGUCUUCAGUGACUGGUACAAUACUUCGGUCAUGAGGAAAGUGAAGUUUUACGACGAGAACACGAGGCAGUGGUGGAUGCCAGAUACUGGAGGAGCCAACAUCCCAGCUCUGAAUGAGCUGCUGUCUGUGUGGAACAUGGGGUUCAGUGACGGCCUUUAUGAAGGGGAGUUUGCCCUGGCAAACCAUGACAUGUAUUAUGCGUCGGGGUGCAGCAUCGCCAAGUUUCCAGAAGAUGGUGUCGUGAUCACACAGACUUUCAAGGACCAAGGAUUGGAGGUCUUAAAGCAAGAGACAGCAGUUGUUGAAAAUGUUCCCAUUUUGGGGCUCUAUCAGAUUCCAGCUGAGGGUGGAGGCCGGAUCGUGUUGUAUGGAGACUCCAAUUGCUUGGAUGACAGUCAUAGACAGAAGGACUGCUUUUGGCUUCUGGAUGCGCUCCUUCAGUACACAUCAUAUGGCGUGACCCCUCCCAGCCUCAGCCAUUCAGGGAACCGGCAGCGCCCACCCAGCGGAGCUGGCUUGGCUCCUCCUGAAAGGAUGGAAGGAAACCACCUUCAUCGGUACUCCAAGGUUCUUGAGGCCCACUUGGGAGACCCAAAACCUCGGCCUCUUCCAGCCUGUCCACACUUGUCAUGGGCCAAGCCACAGCCUUUGAACGAGACUGCGCCCAGUAAUCUUUGGAAACAUCAGAAGCUGCUCUCCAUUGACCUGGACAAAGUAGUGUUACCCAACUUUCGAUCGAAUCGCCCUCAAGUGAGACCUUUGUCCCCUGGAGAAAGUGGUGCCUGGGACAUUCCUGGAGGGAUCAUGCCUGGCCGCUACAACCAAGAGGUGGGCCAGACCAUCCCUGUCUUUGCCUUCCUUGGAGCCAUGGUGGCCCUGGCCUUCUUUGUGGUACAGAUCAGCAAAGCCAAAAGCCGGCCAAAGCGGAGGAGACCCAGAGCAAAGCGGCCACAGCUUGCUCAGCAGACCCACCCACCAAGGACCCCGUCAGUGUGAUCAUCACAGUGGCCAGCCACAGACGCCAACAAGCCUUGGACCACUCUGAUGGCCACACAGGGCAUCAGAAGAGCAUCCUGGGAGGUGCCUUUUUCCAAGGAACCCCAUCUCCAGCUUGCGGCUGGGUUAGUGUGUUCUUCCCAGGCAUCUCUGAGGUACAUCCUGAAGUACCUCACUGCUAGGCUCUGACAGGAGGUGCUCAGUAACUCAGCCUACUGUGGCAUCAGGCCCAGUGACAGUGCACCAAAGACACAGAGCCUGGAAGGGCUGUCGGGACACACUUUCUACAUGAAGCUUACAACCCUGACCAAGCAAAGACAUGCUUGUUCCAGGCUAUUUUCUAUAUUUAUUGUGGGGAGAGUCACUUUAAAGACUUGUGCUAUUUGGAAGCAAACCUGUUGUUUUGUCUGUCAGUUGAGUGCAGUUUUCUGCAGUGGCAUCCUAAGGAGUCAGAUUCCGUGACCUUUUUGAUGAGAGGACAGACUGAACUGAAGGGAACAUGCACAGAUCUAGGAAGUGCAGGCCUUUGCUUUAUUUUUAUAAGUAUCAACUGCCAUCAUGUUUUGUAAUUUGGGGUCUUGAUUUCACCAUUGUUGGUGAAGGAAAUUUUCAAUAAAUAUGCAUAACCUUACAAAGCUGGAACGUGUUGUGUACCAGACCCCUGCCACCUUCCCAUUCUCACUGUCAACCCUGAGAGGGGUCUGGCUUAGCUGGUUCGCACACUGUAAAAAAUGUCCAUGUCGGGCUAUGCUCCCGUGAGCUCCAGUGUUCUCACUAGGUAAUGUGGCCAGUGCCGUUUGACUCUUAACUCCAGAACAUUCCUGUCACUCCCAAAGAAAGCUUAGGCCUGUUAGCAGUUGCCUGUAUUCUUCCCCCAGUCCUGCAGCUAGCCUGCUUUCUGUAACCUGCCUGUUGUGGUGUUUUCUAUCAUGAAUUCACAUCGUGUGGUC